CUCAUUACAGAGCACUGAUCAGAGCUGAGUGACUGACUGACACUGCUGCAAAAACUCUACAGUCAGCUAAAUACAAACAGGUUUUAGAUACAGAGACAGCAGAACAGCAUGUGCACUGCGGCUGAAGAACACACCGUGUGGAUCGGGUUCAUGGACAUCGUUCCUGUCAUCGGGACGGUAAAAGAGGCAGUGGAGCUGGUGUUGGCUCUGUACGAAGGGAAUAAAGCGGUGAUAAAGGAGAAAGAGAAGGCCAUUGAAAACAUUGUGAAAGAGUCAUUAAAAAAACACGUGAAGGCAAAACAUAUGAAAAAGUUGUCUCUACCUGAUAAACCAGCAGCAGCUGGAGCUGAAUUUUCUGGACUCAUAAAUGUGAGAGAGGUCAGAAAGGAAAUGAUUAUUGAACAUAUGGUCAAAGGUUCCAAAAGGGGAACAAAACCUCCAACUCCAGCUCAGCAGAAAGAGACACAGAAAAGAGUGGAGGCUAUUAAGAAAGACAUGUUAGAAAAGAUCCAUAUCAUCAAUCCAAACUUCAAACACGAGCUGAAGGAAGAACUGGGAAGGUCAGAAAGAGGCGAACAUGUCUUCAACAAUAGCAUUCUUAAAUUUCAUUUCAAAGUGCUGACUGAUUUUAUACAAAGCCAUCAUAUUGAUAAUCUAGGAGGAUAUAAUCAGCAGGCAAUGGAUACAUUAGGCAGCCACACACUUCCCCCAAACACAGCAGAAGAUAUUCAGACGAACAUGGUGGUUCACUUUGGUGAGGAUGAAUUCUACGUGAAUGCGAAUGGAGUGAUGUAUGGUGAAUAUUGCAGAGCACUGCGUGGUGCUUUGAUAGAUGUGCUGCGCCGCAUAAACCCAGGUGAUGUGACAGAAGAGGAGAGACAAAGGGUGAAUUUUGUCAUAGAUAAUAUGAAUAACCUUGAAAUCUAUGUGGACCAACUGGCAAAGGUCAGGUGGAUUGCCAAUAUAGAGAUUAGACAGGGCCGGUUUGAACAGGUAAGACAGGAAGUUGCGACCAUGUACAAAACAGCUCGUGGGUUUGACUGGUGCAUUCAUAUUUUGCAUGAAGUUGCACCUUUGUAUGGACAGUGAAUUUAUUUCUCCUGUUCAGGGUUGCCAGGUUUCCUUUCAAAAUUUCCAGCUCAACUACAUCCUAAAUUCCACAGACCUGAAACUAGCUUAAAAAGUUUGGACACUGGAAGAAACUAAAAGUUCACUGUUUUGUGCACAUAUUUGUAUAUUUGCAAUGUUUCCAACACACUUAGGGUUAGAGUUUUGUCAUCCAUUGCCUGUUACGACUUAUCCUCUCCAUAAUCCUGUUUUUCCUCUCCCAACCUGUGCAGAAAUGGCUCCGUACAUUUUCCAUACUUUACGCUUUCCCUUUGUUUGCCAUAACCAGUGGUUUUCUGUGAAAUGUAUUAGCUUUACUUCUGAUGAUUUGCUCUAAAACAAGACCUAAGCUUUUUUUUUGUGUACUUUCCCACACCCCCAAAAAGCACCACCCAUGGUCUUGCUUUUUCUAACCCAACCUUGUUCCAAAACGGGAAAAUCUGACUUUGGCAACCCUGCUCCUCAAAAUGAUCCAUUUUACUCAAAAAGAAAAUGCUAAUUUCCAACAUAAAGAUUAAUGCACUCAGCUACAUGUCUGUAACUAAAAUUGAAAGCCGAGCCUGAUAACAAGCUAAAGUUUAGUUCUUGUUAAAAUGACUGUGUGUAAAUGUGAAGCAGAACGGGGAUGUUGGAGGCAACUCAAUUCCUCCAUCUCCUUUUAUUCCCUCCAUCGUCGUUGUUACAACCACCUGAUCGGGAGGAUUCGCGAUCAUGUGCAAAGACUUUAGGGCUCUGUAGUAUUGCUCUAAAAUAAAAAUAAAAAACGUAAGUAAUUUAACAGAACAGGAGGAUUAAUGAUUAUCAUCCAGCCAUCAGGGCUUUUAAUGCAGCACUUAUUCUCUAAAGACUCUAAAUAUGUUUGAGCUUUGUUGAGAAAAACCACAUGUUUGGAUAUUUGGGUAUGGUACGAGUUUAUAUUACAGAUGUAUACAUUAUUAUUCGACUUUAUAGCACAGCUUAGAGCUUAUUACACAGACAUCCUCACUGGUAUUGUAAACUUUCUUCAAUUUUCAGAUGAUUGAAUUAUGAUAUUUUACCAUUUACUCUAAUUACCUGAUUACGGUUACUAACUCAUUUUGUUUAGCAAAUCUCAUUGUGAUCUGUUAUAUUGAAUUGUUUCUAAUGCAAAAUUCCUGGAAAGCAUGCUGAGCUGCAUUUACAUGUAUGGAACAAGUUCCAUGGAAAUAUGUUUAAAAUAAAAUAAAGUGAUUACUA